ACUUGUUCUUGAUUCAUCACCUUUACCUUCAACAUCAAACACAUCACUUCGAGUCUCUUUCUCUCUCAGUCUUCAAAUAGUUUUUCUUAGUACCCAAACUAAUGGCAGGUAUCAAGGUUUUUGGAAACGCUGCUUCCACUUCCACCAGGAGAGUCCUCCUCGCCCUCCACGAGAAGAACCUUGACUUUGAGCUCGUUAAUAUCGACCUCAAGGACGGUGAGCACAAGAAAGAGCCUUUCCUUUCCCGCAACCCUUUUGGUAAAGUCCCAGCCUUUGAAGAUGGAGACCUCAAACUCUUCGAAUCAAGAGCCAUUACUCAGUACAUAGCUCACCGAUACGAAAGCCAAGGAACCAACCUUCUCCCAGCAGACUUCAAGAACCCAGCCCACUAUGCGAUCAUGGCCAUUGGUAUGGAAGUAGAAGCUCACCAGUUCGACCCAGUGGCUUCAAAGCUUGUUUGGGAACAAGUGAUCAAGAACUUCGUUGGCUUGACAACUGACCAGGCCGUUGUUGCAGAAGAAGAGGCUAAGUUAGCCAAGGUCCUUGAUGUCUACGAGGCUAGGCUCAAGGAGUUCAAAUAUUUGGCUGGUGACACUUUUACUUUGACCGAUCUUCACCACAUUCCUGUGAUUCAAUACUUGCUUGGAACUCCCACCAAGAAGCUCUUCGCCGAGCGUCCACGUGUCAAUGAGUGGGUGGCUGAGGUCACCAAGAGGCCAGCUUCACAGAAGAUCCAUCAGUGAGAAAUUUCUGAAAGUGAAAACAUAAUGGUUCUGCUUCAGUCACAAUAAUAAUAAUACUCGAGAGAAAAUAAGUGGCUGCCUGUUGUGUCCUCUGUUUGUUCUCAGUUGUGUAUGUGUGUGUUCCUGAGAGAUCUUUGUUGAAUCAAAAACUUUACAUCUAAUAUUCAAGCUCGUCUAUAAUAAAACAACAUAAUUAGUUUU